AUGGCCGCAGCAGUGCAAGACGGCUUACUUCUGGGAAGCUCUGGCGGCCUUGCGGGCGGCCAGCAGCUUGUGGAUCCACAGACCGAUCAGACCGACACCGACGACGAAGACGAUGGCGAACACAACAAUGACACCAGCCUCGCGGCCGGCCCAGUUGGAACGCUUGGCAAUGUGGGCGACAGCCUCCUCGCGCGCAGCGAGUGUGAUGGAACGGAUGGCGGCCAUUGCGACUGUGUUGUGUGGUGA